CAAGCCGAGUAACAGUCUUGCAUCUGAGCCUUCAUCCAUCACUUCCAGAAUGUCUACCUACUAUCAGAGUUCCUCUUCUUCUUAUGGUGGUGGUGGUAUGGGAUUUGGGGGUGGCGGUGGCUCCACUCGUAUGUCCUCUUCCCGCCUGGGAUCAGCCAGCAUCCACGGGGGUGGAGGCGGUGGCCGUGUCUCCACUUCUUCUGUUAGAUAUGUCUCUUCUGGAGGAGGACUCGGAGGUGGUUAUGGAGGCAGCUUAGGAGGUGGCUAUGGUGCUGGAUUCAUGUCUGGUGGAGGUGUUGGCUUGGCUAGCGGCUUUGGUGGAGGAGCUGGUGGAGGUUACGGUGGAGGCUAUGGUGGUGGCUUCGGCGGAGGCUGUGGACUUGGUAGCGGCUUUGACUUUGCGGUUGGAGGUGGUGAUGGAGGUCUCCUCAGUGGAAAUGAGAAGAUCACCAUGCAGAAUCUGAAUGAUCGCUUGGCCAAUUACCUGGAGAAGGUGCGGGCUCUGGAGGAGGCAAACUCCGAUCUGGAGGUCAAGAUCCGAGAUUGGCAUCAGAAGCAGGCACCCACUAGCCCAAGCAGGGACUACAGUAAUUAUUACAAGAUUAUUGAGGACCUCCGUGACAAGAUUUUUGCCACCACCAUUGACAAUUCUAGGAUCAUCUUAGAGAUUGACAAUGCUAGACUGGCUGCUGAUGACUUCAGAUUGAAAUUUGAGAAUGAGCUGCACCUCCGCCAAAGUGUUGAGGCAGACAUCAAUGGCCUGCGCAGAGUCCUGGAUGAACUCACUCUGGCCAAAUCUGACUCAGAGAUGCAGAUUGAAGGUCUGAAUGAGGAUUUGGCCUACCUCAAGAAAAACCACGAAGAGCUAAUGAAAGAAUACAACACUCAGUUGACUGGAAAGGUCAGUGUUGAGAUGGAUGCUGCACCUGGAGUCGACCUCACCAAAGUUUUGGCAGACAUGAGAGAACAAUAUGAACAUCUGGCUGAUAAGAAUCGCAGAGAUGCUGAGGCCUGGUUCUUCAGCAAGACUGAAGAACUAAAUCGCGAAGUUGCCACCCACACGGAACAGAUACAGACCAGCAAGAGUGAGAUUUCAGAACUCAGGCGCACAAUACAGAGUCUGGAAAUUGAGCUGCAGUCACAGCUUAGCAUGAAAGCAGGCUUGGAAAACAACUUGGCAGAGACAGAAGGACGAUAUUGUGCCCAGCUAGCUCAGAUCCAGAACUUGAUUUCAGGUGUAGAAGAACAACUGGCAGAGCUGAGGUGUGACAUGGAACGCCAGAACCAGGAAUACAGAAUGCUCAUGGACAUCAAGACACGUCUAGAACAGGAGAUUGCCACCUAUCGCAACCUGCUGGACAGUCAGGACUCCAAGUUGUCGGCAUGGUCUCCAAAGGAUGCAUCCUAUGGCGGAGGUAGUACCACUGUCACCUAUGGUGGAAGCAGCAGCGGUGGUGGUGGUGGCAGCGGCGGCGGCAGCGGCAGUGGCAGCGGUGGCGUCAGCUACGGCGGCGGCAGUGGCAGCAUGACCAGCAGCACCACCAGCACCACCAGCAAAGUCCGUUCCAGCAACUACUGAAUCUCCCAUGGAGUGGUGGUCUGAUUCUGACAACUACAUGUAUCUGCAGGAAGAGCCUUCCUCUGCUUUCUGCCUGCCAGAGAAACACAAAGCAUCCUUAAGAUGUCCAACGCUUGCUAAGAGAAGCACCCCUCGGCUUGGUCUCUCCCUUCAUGGCAUCUUCUUACAAGCUUUGCCUCACAGCAGGCACACCUAUCUGUGUCAUUCUCAAUGAUAAUAAAGAAAAUGCCUUC